AUGCCCCUCUACGACGUCGAGCACAUCACCCUUUUGACUGAAGAGCAACAAGAACGCCUCGCCGAGGGGUUCAGCGAUGUACACUCCACGCGGAUCAAGACGCUCGAGUUUCUCAUCAAUGGAGUUGGUUUUGGUGUGGAGCGUGUCGUGGGGGUUGAAGGCGAGCUGGUCUUGCGCACGGUUCGUGUUCUGGGAGCUUUGACUACGGCUGUCGACGAACGUAGCAUCGCUGUGCCGAGGGUGGGCGAAGAAGAGCGAUGGCUCACGUCGAACGUGGACGAAUUCCACAGGUUGGCGGCAGCCGGAGACGAAAACUUCUUCGAAGUGGUCCAUGAACUCUGUUCGACAAUCCGCUGA